CGGGCAGAGCCCCCCGCGGCAGGCUUCCCGCGCCAUGGCUCCGUCCUGCAGGAGCUGGCUGGCCAAUGAGGGGAGCAAACACCUCUUUCUGUUUUUCUGGCUCUCCCUCAAUGUAUGGCUCUUCUGGAAAACCUUCCUGCUCUAUUAUCAUGGACAGCAGUAUUAUUAUUUGCAUCAGAUGUUAGGGCUAGGAUUGUGUAUUAGCAGAGCUUCAGCAUCUGUCCUCAAUCUCAAUUGCUGCUUGGUCCUUUUACCAAUGUGCCGUGUUCUCUUGGCCUUCCUCCGCGGAUCUCAGAAGGUUGCCAGCAGGAAAACUAGAAGGCUGUUAGAUAAAAGUAAAACUUUUCAUGUGACAUGUGGUAUUACAAUAUGCAUCUUUUCAGUUUUACAUGUUGCUGCUCAUUUGGUAAAUGCUCUUAACUUCUCUGAGAACUACAGUGAAGAAUUUCCAGCUCUAAAUGUAGCAAACUAUCAUGGUGAGGACCCAAGGAAACUUCUUUUUGCUACUAUUCCAGGCCUGACUGGAGUCACUAUGGUGUUAGUAUUAUUCCUAAUGUGUACAGCUUCUACAUAUGCCAUCAGGUUCUCAAACUAUGACAUUUUCUGGUAUACACACAACCUUUUCUUUGUCUUCUAUAUGCUGCUGAUGAUACAUGUUUCUGGGGGCGUGCUCAAGUACCAGUCUAACUUAGAGGAACACCCUCCUGGUUGCUUUAAUCCUAACAAAACACUCCAAGAGAAUAUGUCGGUGCCAAAGGAUUUUGACGAGACGUUUCCUGACUACACUACUGAGCCUUUCCCAGAGGACUUACCAGUAUCAGAACCCUUUGUACAAAAUAACUUUGUGAGAAUUUGUUCCGAGGAACCCAAGUUCCAGUCGCACUUCCCAGAGACGUGGUUUUGGAUUUCUGGACCUUUGUGCUUAUAUUGUGUAGAAAGGCUGUACCGCUACAUCCGCAGUAAUAAACCGGUCACAAUAACUUCAGUGAUAAGCCAUCCAUCCAACGUCCUUGAAGUGAGGAUGAUGAAAAUCAACUUUAAAGCAAGGCCUGGGCAGUAUGUUAUUCUACACUGUCCAAGAGUGUCAGCACUAGAAAGCCAUCCGUUUACCCUUACAAUGUGCCCUACAGAUACCAAAGCAACGUUUGGGGUCCAUCUUAAAGUAGUAGGAGACUGGACAGAAAGAUUUCGGGAUUUACUGCUUCUACAUUCAAGCCAAGAUAAAGAGAUUCUGCCCAUCUUUCCACAGAGGCGCUAUCCCAAAUUGUAUGUGGAUGGACCUUUUGGAAGUCCCUUUGAGGAAUCCCUGAACUACGAGAUCAGCCUCUGCGUGGCUGGAGGUAUUGGAGUUACACCAUUCGCAUCAGUACUAAACACACUGCUUGACGGCUGGAAAUGCUACAAACUCAGAAGACUCUACUUCAUUUGGGUGUGCAGGGACAUUGAAUCUUUCCGCUGGUUUGCAGAUUUGCUCUGUAUGUUGCAUGACAAGCUUUGGCAGGAGAAUCGACCAGACUAUAUAAACAUCCAGCUGUACCUCAGUCAAACAGAUGGAAUACAGAAAAUAAUCGGCGAAAAAUAUCAAGCCCUGAAUUCAAGGCUUCUGAUUGGACGACCACGAUGGAAACUCCUUUUUGAUGAAAUUGCAAAGUGUAAUAGGCGGAAAACCAUUGGAGUUUUCUGCUGUGGACCAAGCAAAAUCUCUAAGAUACUCCAUAAACUGAGCAACACCAGCAAUUCUUAUGGGACAAGGUUUGAAUAUAAUAAAGAAUCCUUCAGCUGAAAGUCUGUUGUAAUAACAAGACUCUCUAGAAGAUAAAAGUGCAAUUUUUUGUUUGUACAACUUAAAAGUUCAGCUGUGGUUUAAGCAGACAAAAAUGUACCAAAGAAUAGCACAGUUUUUCUUAUUUAUGAUUAUUUAAGUCUAUGGAAAAUGAUGGGUGCAGCAGUAUACCAACAAAUAGUAAUGGCUUAUAUUCAAAGCUAAAUAUGUUCACACAAUAUUUGUGGCAGUGGUGAUUCUUUGGAAAUGUUUCUGUUAAUUAAAAGAAUACAAAAGCUAGGGAGAGACACAGUUUCUUUAAAGCUGAUGGAAGAAUGAUCUAUGCAACAUUUGAACUUCUUCCAUUUCAAUCUUCUGAAAUUGGAUCAGUCAGCUAAACCUGAGAUUAGUCUGAAUGAGAAACAUAGUGCAUUACAAAGACCCUGUGUUUUUGUUGGUGUACGAAUCAUAUCGCUUUUGGAUGAAGACACUCCUUAUUAAAGAUUUUAAGCAUUGCAGAAUUGGGAUCCUGUGUGUAAAAUAUACAAUGUUAUUCUCUCUAGUCUACUUCCAUAAUAGGUGUUAAUACUCCUAU